CAGCGACCGUCUGCCCUCUUGUUGCUGCCCGCCCCCCCAUCGUUCGACAGCCUUUGGUCGCGUCAAAGGCUCCCAUCUCACUACGGCUUCGGCCCUGAUUCUGCUCAACCUUCAAGUUGUUUCUGCUCGACCAGCGCCUCACGUUUUCAACAACAUCCCACCUCCCCGUCUUGUCGUCCCCUAGGAAGGAGCUCGAGCGUCUUUUCUUUUUGUCGCCUACCCAGACCCUUGAGCAGCCCCAACUUCAGCUGCCGCAUAGGACGCCAUCAGCGGUUCUUCCUCUGCACGAGGAAGCGGCCAGACCUCGCCCAACACCAAGCCUCGGCUUCGCACCCUUCAAGCCACCCUAACACGGGAUUGGGAUCCAGCAAACCAUCUACCCCAAAGCCAACUCUCAACCUCCAGAAGCCACCGUCAAGGGUAUGGCACCUUCUGCUGUCACAACUACCGAAGAAUACCAGUUCCCGUUGAAAGACUUACAGUCGUUCACCAACUAUCCCUCCGGUAGUGUCGAUAACCAUGGCGCCUGCCAACUCAAGCAGCUGAUUGGAGAGGCUCUCAAGAGCCGUGUCGAGGCUGUUGAUCCUGAUGCCUGCAGCGUCGGCGAGGAAGACGCCUUCUUCGUUGCCGACCUGGGUGAGGUCUACCGCCAGCAUAUGCGCUGGAAGAGAAACCUAGGCCGUGUCAAGCCACACUAUGCCGUCAAGUGUAACCCUGACCCGCAAGUGCUUCGUCUCAUGACGGAGCUGGGCCUCGGCUUCGACUGUGCCUCCAAGAACGAGAUCGAGACGGUCCUCAAGCUGGGUGUUGAUCCUUCUCGCAUCAUCUACGCCCAGCCCUGCAAGACCAAGUCGUAUCUGCGCUACGCCGCACAGUCUGGCGUCAAGCAGAUGACCUUUGACAACGCCGAUGAGCUCUACAAGACCAAGCAGCUCUUCCCCAACGCCGAGCUAUUCCUGCGCAUCUUGACUGAUGACUCAGCCAGCCUGUGCCGUCUCAGCCAGAAGUUUGGCGCUUCUCUGGACACCACCGCUGAGCUCUUGGAGCUAGCAAAGAAACUGGAGCUCAAUGUUGUUGGGGUGGCCUUCCAUGUCGGAUCCGGCGCAUCCGACCCCAAGGCCUUUGUUAAAGCCGUCCAGGAUGCCCGUUUCGUCUUUGACCAGGCGGAUGCUCUUGGAUUCAACAUGCACACCCUGGAUGUUGGUGGCGGUUUCACGGGCGAUGUCACUUUUGAGCCCAUGGCUGCCGUCUUGUCCGCUGCCUUGGACGAGUACUUCCCGCCCCACAUCCGCGUCAUUGGGGAGCCCGGCCGUUACUACGUGUCCACGGCCUUUACCAUUGCGUGCCACGUCAUUGCUCGUCGCACUGUCACGGAUGCCACGUUGGGUACGACCUCGUACAUGCUGUACCUCAACGACGGUGUUUAUGGAAACUUUUCCAGCAUCAUCUUCGACCAUCAGCACCCUGUGCCACGUGUCUUGAAGAACGGCAACAACGUCUUGUAUGACGUUCGUCGCUCAGGCUAUGACAGUCCUUCUCAGGUCGAGUACUCCAUCUGGGGCCCGACGUGCGAUGGUAUCGAUGUCAUCUCCUCUUCCUGCACCUUCCCGGAGCUGAUUGAUGUUGGUGACUGGCUCUACUUUGAGGAAAUGGGCGCAUACACCAAGUGCUCUGCUACUCGCUUCAACGGCUUCAGCGACAGCCACGAAGUUGUUUAUGUGUGCAGCGAGCCCGGUGCUGCCGCUCUGAUGGGCAUGUGAAAUAAUGUGGAGGAAAGCAUGACGAGAAUAGCGAAUACUUGUGUAACAGCGAGCGUGCAGAGGCAACAACAGUAUUAGUUUUCCUUGGUCAAAAGUUUGAUAGAUUUAUAGAUUUUUGCGUACUUGGUUUUUAAAGUCUU